UCGGUGUCGGUCGGGUCGGCUCAGUCAGUCAGUUCGCCGCCCGCCCGUCUGUAGGUCGUUUGCCGCCGUCGCGCGCCGAUUCGCGCGCCGGUAUAUCGCCGCCGCGUUCAAGUCGCGGGAGUGUGAGAGAGUGAGAGAGAACGGAGCGAUCGCGCGAGUGAGGGGGAGGGGAAACUAAAAGGUUGUGCCGCCUCAGCUCCGCGAAGACAAUCGCCGUUAUACGCGGGGCCCUGGAGCCUUGUCAGGUCUUUAAUUCACUUUCCGGUCCGACUGAUAGCGCCACAGCCGCGGAGGUGUAAAGUCACCUGGAACCAGAACGCACUCCUGGAACAGGACCUCAUCGCGGUGAGGUGCGCCGCGCGCUCUCCUCACCCGCCACCGCGGCCACCCCGAGGAGGCAGGCCUUUUGUGAUUGCCGGUCCAGGAGGGGAUGCUGCCGCAGCCGAGAUGACCAAGGAGAAGGACGCGGCCCUGGGCGGGCUGAUCGCAGGGUACCUGGACGUCAAGCUACCCGCGCGGUCCAGGCGGAGGAGGUUCGGCCAUUGGAAGUCCUGGCGGCGGCACUGGGUGGAGGCCCGUCUCGUCCCGGAUGACAACGUCGUGGAGCUGGUCGUAAGCCCGGCUCGGCCCGGACCCGAGGCCGGCGCCAGGGUGAUCCGCGUACCAGGCGGCGCGGGGGUCUCGGUGUGCCGCACGACGUCGCGGUCCCGGAGCCACGCCUUCGUCAUCGCCACUGCCGGGUCCGAGGCCAGCGCCGAGAUGGGCGGCGACGUGUUCCUGGCGACGCGGUCCGAGGCCGACACGGAGCGCUGGAUCGUCGUGCUGCAGGCCGCGCUCUCUGGUCGCAGGGCGGUGGUUGGCGUCGCGCCGACGUCCCGUGUCCUGAGUGCCAGUAGCGCGGCCAGCGCGGCCAGCGCCGCCCUGCUCAGGGGCCGGCGGCUGAGCCGCAGCGAGGGCGACCUGCUCGCCGCCAACCUGGGCUCCAUCGACCUCAUUCCCGCCGGCCUCGGCCCCGGGGAGGUCCGGCGCGAGGCCGCCAACGCCUGCAAGACGAGCACCUUGGGCCGCAGCCCCGCGCGCACGCCACAGAGGCAGCCCUUCAGGCUCCUGUACGGGCGGAGGCGCGCGGACACGCUCCGCGCCGAAGACAUCCCGGACCCGAACCUGCUGUCCACUUCCCCGCAGUCCACCUCUGGCUCGGCGCUCUCGCUGCUCGGUGGAAAGAUCGCGAACGGGCUCAUCUCUGCCGGCCUGGGCCUCAUGCUGUCGACGCCGGGCGGCAGCGAGGUCGAGGACAACGACAACGACGUGGACAAUGACGUAGAGGAGGACGUCGCGGACAUGACCACCACCAUGCUGCCCGGCGUGCUGGCCGCGCUCGCCCUGGACAGGCGGAGAGAGUCGGCCGUCUCGGUCGCGUCCGGCAUCUACGAGGAGAUCCUCGAGACGUCCGAUGGCACGCCCACCGUCGUCAUCGACCGCGUGUACGAGAACGCGGCGUUCGUCCAGGCGUCCAACGGCCACGACAGCCACUACGAGGACCCCGCGCUCCUCUUCUCCCCCAGGCUGGACGCCAAUGGGAAAGCACUCCCGACGCCCAGCAUCGCCUCACCCCCUCCUCUGCCGCCUCGGCAAAAUCUGACUCCUCUCAGCGAGCUCCUGACCAGGACCCACACCCGCGGCCGCGUGGACGCCGACCUUGCAGCUUCGACCGUGGACUGCAACGGCUACGUGCAGAUGGGCCAGGUGCGGACGAGCGCUCGCAGACUGCAUGCAGAGCUGCAGGCCGCAAGCAUCGGCAGACGGUGUCUCAAAACUCCCUCGCCGACUCCCGACCCCGUGCCUCCCGGGGCCGGCGAGGACGAGCCCACUUACCUACCUAUGUCCCCCAUCAGGCCGUUGUUGCUCACAGACAGUCGCGACAAAUGCAACUAAAGUUAAUGUAAUUAUCAGAAUAAAUAUAAGCUUCGUUA